GUGUUACUGUCCAUCGUUCCCACAAUAGGGGGAGAAAUGAAGGAGGAGGGCAACUAUCCCGGUACUAUGACGACGCGUCCUUCCUGGAGCGGUCUCCAUGGAAACCAGUACUUCCGGGACGUGUCGUCGCGUUUCCUUUCCUUGCUUCGCUCUCUGUCGUCGGGAAACGCUCUGUCGCAGCCUGACGAGGACCUUUCUCGUUUGCGGCCGGUUAGGCGGGAAUUCCGUAGUGGGGAAGGCCUGAGAAUCGGCCGCUCUCAGAGAAAGCAGAGUGUCUUCGGCUUUUCUCGGCUGCUUCCGGAUCAUUUCGCCUCUCCCCGGUUGACUUCGGGGGCUUCUUUGUCUUCCUUUCCGAUGUCGGACGAACCGGCCGUUCCCGAGGAUACCCCGUUCAAAUCCUCCGCGCUCGGAGGCCGGGAAAGCGGAGGCAGCGGUGACCAUUACUGCGCUAGCGGGGCCGAAGAGCAAGAGAAACUUGCCGCGGCAUCGCCGCUCCCGUCUCUUCCAGAAAAUGAAGAUUCAGCUCAAAAAUCAGUCCAAGAAGCUAUUGUUUCAGAAAAGGAUAUAUUACCAUGCAGGCUGCAGAAUGGAUCACCUGUAAAUUCAGAUGCUACAAAGGAUCCUGCAAGUGCUAAUGGUAAUCCACAGGAGCAAGAUGUAGUUGGAGAGGAGAAGAUCCUAACUGAUCAACUUCAGCACCAAAAAGAGGAAGCUAUACUACAAGUGACAAAAUACUCUGCACCAGAGGGACCAGGUGAUAUAAUCAUGAUACAAUCUGAAUAUACAGGUGCAAUAGACAUCUUGUCUGCAGAGUUAGAAACUACAGAUCUUCUAAGUGAACAGAAGAAAGUUCGGCCACCUCCACUGAUUCCUCCCACUACUUGGACAAAUUCUAAGAUAAGGGAGUUUAAAACAAAGAUGGCAAAGGAGAAGAAUGCCCGAAUGCUAGUGAAACGGGGUGAGGUAUUAACAGUCCGGGUGCCCACCCAUCCUGAUGGGAAGCGCGUCUGCUGGGAAUUUGCUACGGAAGAUUAUGACAGUGGGUUUGGAGUCUAUUUUGAUUGGACUCCUAUUACUAGUACUGCCAUUACUGUUCAGGUCAGUGAAUCAAGUGAUGAAGAAGACGAAGAAGAAGAAUUUGAAGGUCCUAUUCCUGUUGGUGAUGUGGAAAAAGGAGCCAAGAGCUAUUUGCGAAACCGUUACGGGGAAAUCAUGCCAGUCUACCGAAGGGACAGCCACCAAGAAGUGCAAAUAGGCAGCCAUGAUUAUCCAGGCGAGGGCAUCUACUUGCUCAAAUUUGACAAUUCUUAUUCUCUCCUACGCAACAAGAUUCUUUUUUUUCAUGUUUAUUAUGCCAGCUAAAAAAGUAAAUAGUCUUAUUGCCAAGAUUAAGAUGUACACCUUCUGAUGGCCAAAUUUUGUUUAUAUAUCUUUUCUACUUUAUCCCACUAUCCGGAAUGGAGCAAAUGAUCAUUAGCAGUUCCACUUUGUUGUAUGCAGAUACAAAGCUGAGAUUUUAAUUACAGCAAAGCAAGUCACCGGACAUAAGAUUUAAAUGUCUGUUUUUCUUUUGAUUGCACUUACACGAACUGAAGUUAAAACAUUCCUUUUCUUUGGAAGUAUACAUAUUAUUUCCUUCUACGCUACUAGCUACUAAUACUGACUGAAUUCAGCUGCCAAAACAGCCUAUAGAACUCUGCCCAGAACCGCAUUGUUACUGUGAUAUUGUACACUGCUAUUUGCUUUGUAGUGGAGAUCUUGUAGAAUGGUAUGCACGUUGAUUACUCAGGCCACUGGCAGGCUGCCUUCUCUCAUCUAGCUCCCAUAAAUGGUCAUCUGCUCAGAUAUUUGUAUAUAUGUUAAAAGCUUUGGAAUCCAAACUGCAUCAUUCUCUUUCAAUAAGAGAAGAACAUAACUUUAAAAGAAAAGAGUGUGCCCCCCCCCAAUUUUGCUUUUGAUGAAUUAUUCGGGAAAAGACAACAAUAAAGGCUUCCCCAGUUCCAUAAUUCAGAGUUUUGGAGCCAUAGUAUGCUGUUCUAUUGGCAACAUUUGGCAACAUUAAAAUAUAGUUAAAAUUGGUGAAAUUUCAAAUGCUUGUUUCAAACAUUAUGUUCAUGGAGCAUAAUUUAAAACUAAACCAAACCAAGUUAGGAAAUGUUUAUUUUAGAGGGCAGAAAUAUCUAUUUCAUUUAUCAAGAUACUAAAUGGAAGCAAUUUAUGCAUAUUUACCACAGCGCUUCCAGAUUCCUAGGAGCAAACAUUUCCAGGAGCAAGAAGACUUUACACAAGCACAUAAUAGUUACUAUACCAAUAGUCAGACAGACACAAGAUAGUACCAAUUACAAAAAGCAGUCCUGAACUAUAUUACAGUGGGCAUGCACAAAUUAGUCCUUUGGUCUAUUACAAGCAAUGAUUUUGUAAUUUAUAUGCAAGAGUGCAAUUAUAGUGUCCGCAAAAGGUUGCCCUCAUAUAAAAUAUUGAGUCUUUAAACAAUCAGGAAGUAUUUAUCUUCUUUUACACCUUUGUUUAUUCACACUUCAAAAUCACUGCCAAUAUUUAAUGUAGCAUAAGCAUAAUAUAGCAGAGCUAACUAUUGCAGUUACCAGUUGGCAAUCAUAUUAUCUUUCAUAGCUCAGGUUUUAUAGAAUGUAUAUGUACAGCUCAUGUCUCUGUAGCAGAAGACAUAUAAAUAUACUUAAUAUUUCAGGGGCAGAUUUGAGCAGGCCUUUUUAAAGCCACUAUUUCUUGUGAUGUUUGUCCAGUAUGCUUAAUUCUUUGCAUGAUUACACCAAAUAUUUAUUGUAAGUAGUAGAUCUUGGGGAAUGUUCCCAAGAGGUGUUUUUGUUGAAGUUUGGUGAUUUUCUAUUUCUGCCACAUUUUUAGUGAGAGACAUACAGAGAGGAAAUGAAACUGACUCCUAUUGUGGGCUUUUUUUACUAUUAACUUUAAAGAGGAAGUCAAAUACCGCUACUCCUUCCCAUUUUUUAAUUAUUUAAUAUGAGAUUGGAGAAACAGUUACAGCAUUUAAAGUACAAUAACUGCAAGGAACAUUUGGCAGCAGAAGGAAAACCAUAGUACAAAUGGAUUUUCUGAUUCAGAGUUAUUGAUUUUUGAAAACAGUCUUGAAGAACCCUGAUAGAAGGACCCACCAAAUUGUUUGUUGUAAAACUUAUGAGCAGCAUUUAAUGUUCCCCUCCUCCCCGUUUAUAAAUUCAUACUAUUAUUGAAAUUAUUUUCAAUUAAAGCUUAUCUCUAGAUGUCCCACACUGUAUAAAAAAAUGAGGCCCACUAUGUUUAUCCUCAUUUUCAACCCAAAGAGUUUGCUUUGUUUAGAGUUCAGAAAAUGAAACAGAUUUGUUUGCUUUGGUUAAAUUUUUCUUGAAGAAAUACAAAGAAAGAAAAGACAUAUAUUUUAAAUGUGCAAAUUUGUGUUGGCUUUAAUUACAGAGCUCUAUUUUUAACUCUUGAGUAACAAACAUUUUUCUCAACAAAGCAACUGCAUUUGUUCUUAAGUCCCACAGUAUCUUUUAAAGGUUUGUUUAAUAUGAAUUGUUGUUGAAAUUAUUAUAAUGAUAUUACAGUAUCAUUUCUACCUGCAAAUGUAGAAAAUAGAGGAAUGACUUUUUAGAAAAGAGAAUAAGACUGAAAUAUGAAGCAAAUUAAAACUGUAAUAGAUAUCAGUUCCGUGCCUUCCUUACCAUUCGCUGUUUAAUGACAGUGGUUGUCAGAUUUGUUCCUACUGAACUAAUCAAUUUAAUAUUGACUGUCCUUCAUAUGUACACUUCGCUCAUUCAACCAAGGAAAUUAAUAUCUGAAAUAAAGAUGAAAUGCUGUUUAAGCAGAAGGAUUAAAGUUCCAGAUAGAGCACAUCUUAAGAGUUUAAACUCUUGAUGAAUUGGUAUAGUGUGUAAUAUUCCUUCUGCAUGUGUGAGUUGUAUACACACCACAUAUGCACAUGAACUUUACAGUAUCUACACCUCUUAUCCAAAGACUAACUAAACUCAUGCCAAGUCAAAGUAUUUAUGUGGUCUGUUUCUCUUUCUACUGUGAAAAAAUUAGAAAGAUGUAUGUGCUUCUUGGAUUGCAGACCAAAAAUUCCUAAAAUUCUGUAACCACACGCUAAUGAAAUCUGUGGAAAAUGCUUAGAGUGAACAUUUAUCCUUGCCUGAAAUUGAUCCUAGAAAAUUUUCAACUUUAUACAUGCAUUGUUGUAGAUGAAAAUAGAAAUAUAAUUUCACUUGAGAUAGAUUAACUAUUAUUUUAGAUUGAGAAAUUAAAGUGUAAUAGAAAUGUAUUAAAAUAAAAUAAUACGAUUGUCUCAUAAUGUUUGGGAAAUAACAGACUUUGGCCAUGUUCAUAUGGUAGUGUAAAGAAAUAGCAUAAAUGAAUAAUAGUAUAUGCAGUAUGUGACAACUUAAAAUGGAGAACAGGAUCUAGUUAGUCCCAAUAUAUAAAUUAAGCAUUUUUAACUUAUUUUAUUUUCACUUGUCACACUUUAAUCUUAUUAAUAUAUUCAGCUCAUGUAUUUGUUUUAAUUAGGUAUAAUUUAGUGUAUGUUUGUAUUUCCUCUUUAACUACUGACAAGCAAACUAAACCAAGACAUUAUUGAAAUUAAUCUUGGGUGGGAUUGGAGGUAGCUAUUAUUGAUACUGCUUUGUUUGUCUCAUUUUAACCAAGAGAUAAUUGCCAAAAUCCUGGUUCACUAAUAACUGUGUGGUAUGAAAUGAUUGCUGUAGUCCCAAGUGCACUUAAAUCCGAUUAAAAUUUGAGCCUGUUUCUAAGCAGAUCACUUGUACAGCGUUGUCCUAUAAGUCUUCUUGCACUAUGAGGUAUUUUCAAGACAUAUUCCUCUUAUUGUCCUUAUAAAUCCAGUAGAAUUCUAUAGCAUGAAAGCCACCUUGAGGCAAUUUGGGAACAGUUCACAGUAGAGAGUUCACUGACAAUUUCAUGGUAAAUCUUACUUCAAAUAAACGACAUUUUGUUUUAUCACUUAAUCUUCAUAACAUAAGACCAAAAUGCAUGCAACCUGUAUCUUAAAUUGAUUACUGAGAAAUCAGGGAAACAUUGUCUGAUCUUGAAGCAUUUUAUAACCGCUGUUGGUUUGCUUAUCAUAGGUUUGGAAUAACUUUUCUAGUAAUAACUGUACUGCAUGUAAGUUAUUUUUUUUAGACGAUACCCUGAGUAAGCAAAAUCAAGAUUAAAUUGUGGGAAUUCUUGUGAUGGACCAAAAGCAUUUGCAGUAUAGUGAAUAGUAUUAAUACAUUGAAUUUGCUUACAUUGAUUUAAGAGAGUCACUGUGAGAUUUAUUUGGAUGUAGGAUAUGGCCUUUUA